AUGGGAAACAUCUUGCCCAUUGCAUUCGGGGGCUACACCAUCGGCGUGGCUACUCAAGCCGCCUGUACCGAUGUUCCUCCAACCCACCGUCUCUAUGCCUUGAAUGGAAAUUUUCUGGGUCCGGCAUUGACAGAUCGACCCGUGUUUGUCAACACAAAAGUAUACCGAUCUACAAAAACUUUUACCACGAAACUCGUAGAGGUUUUGCAAAAACAGGAUGAUGACAAGGAGAGAGUAUGUCUGGUUGCCUUGGCAGACUUUCACGUCGUGGAGCCAGAGUCUUUUAUGAUAUACUCUGCACCACCCACCAAACAAUAUUCACCAGUCACCGAGUCCUGGACACCAACCGAGCGCAAGAAGACCAUGGUCGAGGAAAAGAUCUUGACGCAAGCAGAUGUGGACAGACACGACAAACUAUUCAGCAUGAUGAGCGACCUGAUCGAAAUGAGGUUCCCACCCCAAAGCAUCCACGGACAAACCCUGCAAGGCUUUGCCAAAGGGUACAAGACCACGCAAGAACAUCUUCCCCUAACCGAACGCUCAUCAGCAGAUUGGCUGCGUGUGCGCGAAAAGGUCUCUACCCACGCUGAAAACGUGACCAGUUUGGGUUUCCUGCUUGACGCAAGCAUCUCUUUCCAGCCAUUGGUGUUGCAAAGCAUGCCUCUCACCGAAUCCGGGGCUUGCUCGACGCUGGAGUUUUCGCUCAGGUUCUUGACGCCCGAAAUCAACAUCAAUGAUUUCCAUAUGCGUGAGUGGAAGACGUAUGCCGGAGAUGCGGCAAGAACCUUCUCAGAAGCAAGGCUUUGGGAUGGCAAGGGCAAGAUGGUGGCUAGUAUGUCACAGACUUGUAUACUGAGACCUCCCAAGAAGCAGGCUGUGAAGAAGUCGAAGAUCUAG